AUGGACUGCAGUAUCGCUCUUGAAGGCUCGUUUGGGCCGCAAGUCGCCUUGUGCCGCAGACAAUUCGACUUUACCCUCACCUUUGAGCACUGGAUCCUCACGCUGAUCCCGGAGAUACUUUUUAUCUUCGGUGGUGUCGUCCGCUGGUUCUGGAUAUUUCGUUCUGCCAAGGUGCUCACGCUCCGGUCGCAUGGUCUUGCGCACGCGAAAUUGAUCGCCACGAGUCUCCUACUGGCGCUGAAGACUGCAUCGCUAAUUGCAUGGAUAACGGCCGGGGAAGCUAUACAUCCCUCAGCUGUAGUCUCGUCUAGCGCUGCGUUCGGCUUCCGCUCCGACUUGAGCCUGCAGGGCCUCUACACCGUGGAUGGCAAUCUCACCUCAAAGGCUCUCACUUCUGACCUGCAGCGGCGGUGGAGUGGUGAUAAAAAGAAGCACAACAAGAAAUACGCUCUGCUGCGACACUCUUUCGCAGGCGCACAAUGGACAAUCAUCAGGGCCGUAAUAGCAAGGGCCAUACUGAUACCUCUAAAGUACGCACAACCCUUCCUUUUCAGUGAUUUGAUUGAGCGUGUCUCUGCGCCGGACAAGCCGGACCAAGAAGGAACCAAAUAUGGUCUCCUGGCGGCUAUGCUUCUUGUAUACACGCUGCUUGCUGCCGCAAAUGCCAUCUACAAGCGACAAACGAUCCUGAUGAUGACAAUUAUACGCGGGAGCCUGGUAGGAAUUAUCUACGCUGAAGCCCUCCAGGACAGGAAUCGACUUGGCUCCGGGGAGAAUGCACUAACCUUCAUGAGCACCGAUGUCGAUCGCAUCGUCACUGGCGUGCAAAAUGUUCAUGAGAUGUGGGCUGCUGGAAUCGAGAUCGUCAUUGCCUUUGCGCUGUUGAUUCUUCGCAUCGGCUAUCCAUCUGUUGCCGCCUUGGCGGUAGCUGCGGCAUGCAUUGCCGGCUCCUCUUACAUCGCACCACGCAUGAGAGAGAAGCAGAGACUAUGGGUCCAAGCCGUGCAAGAACGUGUCAACUUUACCACCAGCAUUCUAAAGGUAAUGCGCCAAGUCAAAAUGUUUGGAAUAGAGGCUACAAUCACUGAAAAGAAACACCAAUUUCGAAAGUCGGAAUUGGAUGCGUCAAAACCUUUUCGCCUUCUUAUCGUUGGGGUCAAUGUAUUGAACGCGGCUGCGACGUCGAUCGCUCCAGCUCUAACCAUCAUUCUCUACACGGUAACGCGCAUGAACCUUCGCACAGAGAUCCCGACACCAGACGCUAUUUUCACAUCUCUAUCUCUGGUGUCACUUCUUACAAGUUCCGCUACGCUUUUAUCUCUGGCGCUCACGAAGUUUACAUCUGGCAUGGGUUCAUUCGACAGAAUCCAGGGAUAUCUCCUCGCGAGAGAGAAGCAAAGCGAGGUUUCACGCCCAGCCACAGAGAAUUCCAGUCAGCCAGCAACGGAGCUCACAGCCAUGCCGGGAACUGAGCUGGUCAACGUCAAAAGUGGUUCAUUCCGAUAUGGUGGAGAUGGUGUGUGCCAGCUCAAUAACUUGACCUUUACAGUGAGCCGGUCAGAAAUUGUUGCUAUUACUGGCUCUCUUAGCUGCGGCAAGUCAACGCUACUGAAAGUUGUCCUGGGCGAGAUCUCACACGUCGAAGUGGCACAAUUCGAAGUAACAUUGUUGGGGCUGCGCAUGUCGAUACUGUUUGGCUUGAGGGUGCUGUAUUCGUGCGAUUUGGGUUUGGACAUCAGCAGACUGCCAAAUGGACUUGAAACAGUGGUGGGUACAUCAGGCCUGCAGCUCUCUGGCGGACAGAAGCAGCGAGUGGCUUUGGCACGGGCAGUUUUUGCAAAGCCCGAGUUUCUUCUCCUGGAUGAUAUUCUCAGCGCUUUGGACACCGUCACAGGUAGUCGCAUUUUCCAGCGUCUGUUUGGCUCUGCAGGUAUCAUUCGGCAGCUAGGGUCUGGGGUCAUUAUAGUAAUGGCUGCUGCUAACCAGCUUCAUGACGUGGACAAGGUCAUCGUCCUGUCAGACAAUGGCAACGUUGAUGCGCAGGGAAACUACUCUGACAUUAUUGAAACAUGCGAAUUCCUUCAAAGGCUAGCUGCUCCAAAGGAGCGUACCGAGAAUCUCCGGGAAGAGGCAACCCCUGUCUCAGAACAGGAAACCGCACGUCCAAGCACUACGAUCGCCGGCCCGGCCCCAGCGGCUGCCAGGAGUCGUGGCAGCGGGGCUCUUUCCCUCUACGGAUACUACAUUGACUCCAUCGGCCGAUUUUCAUUUCUUUGUAUUUUGGGGUUCGCUGUUGUAUACGUUCUCGGUACCAGAAAAGGGUGUUACCUACCUGGUUACGUACACCAUCGUGUCUAUCGCGAGUGUAGUAGCUAUUGGGUUAUACAUUGGAUACUUUUCGUCUGGGCGGUCCCAAAGUCUGCCAUCAAGCUUCACAGGCUGCUACUCGACGUCAUUAUGCAGAUGCCUUGGACGCAGCUGGUGCAAAUUGAGCUUGGCAGCCUGAUAAAAAGACUCAGCCAGGAUAUGUCACUUGUGGACAUGCAGCUCCCCGUUGCAUUUGGAAUAACGCUGCAGAGCUUUCUCACCUGUAUCGCACAGGGCGUCAUGAUUGCCCAUGGUUCGGGCUAUAUGUCCAUCGUCACUCCUUUUUGCAUUGCAGUUCUUUAUGCUAUCCAGGCUUUUUAUCUGCGCACUUCCCGCCCGAUUCGACUUCUUAGCCUCGAGUCUAAGGCUCCAUUGUAUGACCACUUCUUGCAGACCAUCGACGGCGGUGCCACUAUCCGCGCCUUCCAAUGGCAGGGCAGGUUUACCAAAGUGAAUGAAGAGCUGUUGGAUCUCUCUCAGAAGCCAUUCUAUGCACUGUACAGUGUGCAACAGUGGCUGCAGGUCGUGUUGGACCUACUAGUCGCAGCGCUGGCUACGCUGUUGACGGCCCUUGUCCUGUUUGUCACGAACAAGACCACAUCCGGUUCGGUGGGAGUUGCACUUGUCAAUCUCUUGUCGUUCAACACAUCACUCAAGCAGCUUAUCACCAACUGGAUGCAACUUGAAACCUCGCUUGGCGCAAUUUCGCGAACAAAGGAGUUUGUCACCAACCCCGACCACCAAGCAGCCGAGGCGGUGGAAGAUCAAUCGCUUGGACAAGAGCUGCUAGCGAAAACAGUCGAAUUUCGAGAUGUUUCUGCAUUCUACGGGGUUGGAGAGGAACUAGUCUUGAAAGAUGUGACGCGUUAUCUUGAGGGGGGACAAAGAGUCGUACUGGAACAGCUGCAGAUGUGGGCUCGUAUCCACGAGCACGGCGGCUUGGAUGCCACCAUCACUGCUGUCCCCUCGACGGAAAGCCAACGACAGCUUGUGUGUAUCGGUCGCGCUCUGCUUCAGCCGGGGGGUAUUGUCAUCUUGGACGAGCCAACGAGCGGUUUCGACGAGGAUACGGGGCGGGUGGCCCAGAAGCUGAUUGAAGAAUCUUUCAAGGGCAGACUUGUCCUCUCGGUGGCACACAAGAUUGAUACUAUCAUAGAUUCAGAUCUGGUCGUCGUCAUGGAUCACGGCCAAGUGGCAGAGAUUGGGGCCCCAGCAGAGCUCUUGCAGAAGAAGGGAGACUGUAUCCAAACCAGUACAACAAGUGUACCUCCAUUGACGGACGCAUGA